AUUUAUUUGAAAUACAAAAUACAAAAUACAAAAUACAAAUUGUAUUUCAAAUACUGUAUUUGAAAUAUGCCCAGCCCUGUAUACAAACUAUAUGAGUACAUAAUUUGUAUACAUACGGUGCAACAUAUACAAACUAUAAACUCAGAAUUAUUCGUUUGCUUUCAAUGAAAUUAUAUGAAAAUGUUACAAGGUACACGAUAAGUAUCGGUUCUGGCAAGAUACCAAUAGACUCGCAGGUCAGUAAACAGGAACAGAAAGCACAGAACAAACGAAGACAGAAAGUGUUGAGAGGCAAUGUUGUGGGUGACAAUCUCUACAGCGGCAAGUGGCUACACACCACUCUGCUGUCUCUAUGUGAGGUCUAUAAGAAACAUUGGACGCCAGAGCUAGAGGAUGACCUUUGCGUUUUGUGGUAUUUAAGUGAGGAAAAAGAAAUGGUGUCGUAUCUUGUGUCGCACGAUUUUCUUACGAUAGCCAUGAACAUGCUAAUGAUUCCUGGCCAUCCACGGCUAAUGAUUCCUGACAAUCCACGAUUGACUGAGAUAAUUUUGGGUAUCAUUGACAACUUGAGCAAUAAUGAAGAAAUCGUCGAUAAAAUAGGCUGCAAUCGAGAACUACCUCCAAUGAUCCUAAGCUAUUUAAAAUCCAACGACUCGUUAAUAUUGAUUCAACUCCUCAAGAUCUUACAGUCGGUUGUACGGAAAAUCAGGCAAGAUUCUCAAUCAUAUUGGGUGGACCAUCUUACGGAAUGCUAUUUUUUUGAGGAAUCCAUGAUCUCCAUAUUAGAGAGUUCUAAUUAUGACUUGCACGUAAAAAAGACCGCAAUAAGUUUGCUUGAAUCUAUGUCUCAUUGUCACUGCACAAGGAUGCGGUACGAGAACAGUAAAAUAUCUCUCCUCGAGAGAUUUUUUAGAACAGACACCUUGUUUCACGCCCUGUUGGAAUCGUUUACGUCGUUUAUGCCUUAUGUAAUACGCCCGGGAAAGAAGAGUCACUCCCAAUUGACGUUCGUCGAUCAUUGGCUGACGAUGCUGGCUGCCGUAAUGGGGUGUGGUUCUGGUCUUAAAUUCUACUAUGACUAUGAGAAUGACGAGACGUUUAGGAAGUUGAUGGAAAUUAUAUUCACGAUAUUGAAAUUGUACGAAGACAAUGAGGAUAAUUUAUAUCCAGUCCAGCAACAGAGUGCCAACAUAAUUUGCGAUGCUGUGUGCGUAUUGCACGUUUUACGUCGUGACAGCAUGAAUGUCCCAGUAAGAAUAGAUCGUGUUGUAGCGGAACUAAUUUUUUCCCUUGAAACAGUUUCAGGAAAAAGAUUGACAGAGAAAAAAAAAAUGGAUCCAGGUGGACUGAGAUUCAAGCCUAUACGUUGUAUGUUUAGAUAUUGGUUGAAAAUAAUUGAACUCUUUACCAGCGAGCAGAUUGUGGAAAUAUUGAGUGUAUGUGAAUGCAAGGUUCGUGAACAUCUACUAUGUCUUUCGCAGUCUGAAAUGACACCUGCGAUGAUUGACAAAGUGGAGAAGGUUACGUUAAUAUUCUUGAAAAAUGCGCGAUUGAAAAACCUUAAAAAAGACGAUGAACCUUUAUGUAAUACAUUAAAAAUAUAAAUUUUUAAUUUUGCAAAAUAUUUUGUAAAUGUUUAAUAGUUAUAAAGACAUAUAUGAAUAACAUUAAGUACAAAAUUGUAAUUACUUGAUUAUCAGCUUUGAUGUAAAUGUAUCAUAAUUGUACAUAUAAAGAUCUGAUCUAAUUGCACGUUUAA